AUGCUGAGGGCCGUGGGCAGAAUCCUCGGCGCCCGCGUGGGCAAGGCUUUAUGCGCAUGGGCGAGCAGGGCGCGAGUGCACACGAACGGUGACACAGCGCUAAAAAUAGAGCUCAGGACAGACUCAGGGCCGGACGACGCCGAGCCGGACCUGUCCCGAACACCCCCGUCCCUCCCACGAAUCCCCGAUGACCCCAUCCGCCAUUUUGUUGAUCCACAGACCGUAGCGGACAACAACUUAGGUCUAGAUGGCAAGGACAUCGUAGUCAACAUUCUUAUAUUUAAGAGGUUACAGCACCUAUCGAAUAGAAAACGAACAACUAAUUUAAAAGACAUUGAACUCUAG